GUGGAAUCAAGUACCCUGACGUCCUAAUAUGCUGAAAAUCCCCUAGUUUGGUUCGGAAAGGAACCAAACAUUUUACAGAAAUUAAUUUUCCAGAGUGUGAAGUACAUGUGUUUAUUCGGUCUCCAUAACAACAAGUUGGGUGAAACUAAACAAGAUGGACGCCACUAUGAGACCGAUGUCGCUACCUCCAGAGUUUACGAAUUACGCCGAGGAACACCAACUGUUUGAGUUGAUGAAGUUUCUAAUCGAACAAUUAUUGUUGAAAAAACCAGAGGAUCCUAUAGAAUUUCUUAUAGACAUCUUGCUUCUCCGGUUGAAAGAAGUUAUCAAGGUCAUCAUAUUUGGUCCCCCAGCCUCAGGAAAGACUACCUUAGCAAAAAUGAUCUGUGAAAAACUAGAUUUGGUCUAUCUGUGUGAGGAUAGAUUAUUGAUUAAGACUUCAUCAAAUUUAUUAAAUGAGGCGCGUGAACAUCAGGCUGCAAAUAAUCCUAUUCCUGCAGAUUUAUGGCUGCGUAUGUUGUGGGAAGAAACAGAAAGAGGCAAGUGUAAAGCAAAUGGCUGGGUCUUUGAGGGAGUAUUUUCCACCCGAGAAGCUAUUGCCAAAAUGCAGCAACAAGGCGUUCAUCCAACUCACUGUAUUUUCUUGGUGGCUCUGGAGAGUAUUCUUGUGGAGAGAGCUGUUGGUAAAAGGAUUGAUCGAAGGAAUGGAGAUAUUUACCAUAUGACAUUUGACUGGCCAUUGAGUGCUGAUGUUAAGGCCAACUUGGUGGAAGCUCCAGGAUGUACUGAAAGUGAAAUAAUCCAGAAAUACCUAGCAUAUGAAUAUGCCUUGCCAGGACUUAUCCAACGCUUCAAAAAGAAUUACAAAACUAUAAAUGCUGACCAACCUAAAGGAGAUAUUCUGUCAAAAGUACUUUGUUUCCUGAGUCAUAAACCCCAAUCUAUGGCACCACAUACUCCACGAGUCAUCCUUCUCGGUGCUUUUGGCAGUGGUAAGAAAACCCAGGCACAUUUGUUGGCGAAACGUUUUCAGUUGGUCAAUGUUUCAUGUAGUCAACUGAUAAAACAAGCUGUAACCAAUGAGACAUCAACGGGACAAAUUGCCAAAUCAUAUUUGGACCAGGGUUUAUCUUUGCCAGAUGGAAUUGUAAUCACUAUUGUCAAAGAACGUUUGACUCAACUUGACUGUAUGACAUGUGGCUGGGUAUUACAUGGAUUUCCUAGGAACGUAUACCAAGCUCAAGAUUUGGAUGACGCUGGAUUAUUUCCAACAAGGGUAUUUUUCUUAGAUGUAUCAUUGGAUUCCAUAUUGGAGAGGUUGACUCCUCUAAGGACAGACUUAGUGACUGGACAGCAACAUCACCUGCAUUUUAAUCCUCCGCAGACAUUGGCGAUGAUGGACCACCUGAGAGCCAACCCAAGACAUAUGGAGAAGACAGUCACAGAGAAAGUAUCAAGAUUCCAUGCUCAGGAGGAUGAACUGUCAAUAUAUUACACAGAGAAAGCAUCUCAUCUGAAUGCUGAUCAAGAUUAUUACACUGUGUUUGAAACCAUUAUGAGUAUGAUCAUCAACCCUGUAGCAGUUAACUUCGAUUAAUGACCAUAUUUUAAUGACCAUAUUUUAAUGACCAUAUUCUAAUGACCAUUAUCUCUUGAUGACCAAUUUGGCUUAUAUUGCAUUUUAUUUUCAGUUCUUUAGCUGAUAAAGAACAGGAAGAAUAAUAAUCGAGAGAGUAGUGUUUGCUUCAAAAAAUACUUUUAUUUAUAUAUCUGUUAAACACUGGAAAAAUUCUCCAAGCCUGUGUAUCUGUCUCUCUGUGAGAUAUACGCACAUAUAUUUAUAUGUAUUGAUGUAGUGUUGUUAAAUUGUAUCAGAAAAUAAAAUGAAUGCUGAAAA